AUAAAUUUGAAGAAUGGCAGCUAAAAUACCGACUCCAGAAUACAGUAAAUUGUCAGGAAAGGAGGAAUGCAAGCAUCUUCCUGCUCCUUAUAAGAUGAGGAGAUACUAUACCCCAGCAGAAGUCGAAGUUCAUAACACAGCUAAUGACUGUUGGGUUUCCUUCUUCAAUAGAGUCUAUGACUUGUCAAUAUUAGUCCAAGACAAUAGGGAUAGUGAACAAUCAGAGCCAAUUAUAGCAGCUGCUGGGACUGAUAUUACUCAUUGGUUUGAUGCGAAGAACAGGGACCCUGUUACUUACAUUGAUCCUACUACCAACACUAGAGUGUACUUCUGCCCACAGGGAAGGUUCUUGCAUGUGCCUCCAAUCGGACCAGACUCUAGCUGGGAUAACGAAUUUAGAAUUCCUUGGUGGAAGAAUGAAAAAUACUGCAUUGGAAGUUUGACAAGAAAGAUCAGGAAGAUCAGAAUUAUCAACACUCUGACAAAGCAUGAUGAUAUUUUGGAAGUCUGCAGUGAAGAAACCCUAAACGAGAUUCUUGAUAGGUACAUCCCCAUAAACCAGCAUGCGGACUCUUACACAUGGAAAAGGUUGGGUAGGCCUCUUGAUAUGGAGAAGACUCUUGACCAGAAUGAUAUUCCUGAUGAGACUGAGGAAUAUAUUGACCUUGGCAUUGAUGAAGAUGAGUACAUUCCAGCGAUCCAUCUCUAUUUCAAUGAUGACUUGACAGUUGCUUAGAC